CAGUAUGGUUACCAGGGGAACGCGAUCUGAAAAGUUAUUUGCUAUUUGCUCCCAGGAGUUAGCGCCAGGACCGUAGCGGUACUUUAGUCUUUCUGUGUCAGGCGAGCUGCUGUGUCGUUUAUGAAGGAGAAAUAGUGCAAUGAGAGUUCGGGGCGUUUCGCUCUGCCGUCCGCUCACAUUGAGGUACGUCCGUCGGAAGAAUAGUAGUCAUCAGCAUGCCGUCACCAGAACUUCUCCAGCCGGUUCUCAAAGCAAAAGUGGACGAGCUGUUUCUUAACUGGCUCAGCGAUCCUGGAACACAGUCGGUCCUCAAAGACUAUCUCGACCUGAUUAAAAGCGGACAGUAUGACAACCUGAGCAGCGGCCACGCGCAGGACAAGAGGUCGCUGAGCUUCAACGAGAACAACAAUGUGGCGUCUCAGAGGAACCUGACGGAGAAGAAGACGGCUCCCCUGGGCGCGCCUUCGAGCACGGCAUCCACCAGCACCCUGCCCUCUCGCAGUAGCAGCAACGCCCGGAUGACAGGACCCAGUGGAAGGGUACUGCGGAGGUCUGUCAGCGCGAAAAAGGCCCAGGUGAGGACGGAGAAGCCGGUCACCACCGCACUGAGCGAAAGCAUUCCCAAGUUUUACUUCCCACAGGGCCGGCCCCAGGCCAACCUCAACAUCGACGGCCUCAUUUCCAAAAUUGAGAAAAUAUUUUCACAAUUCCCAAAUGAAAGGGCCACCAUUGAAGACAUGGGGCUGGUAGCCAAGGCCUGCGAGUGUCCCCUCUACUGGAAAAUGCCAUUGUUCUGCUCGGCUGGAGGCGACAGGACGGGUUUCGUCUCUGUGCACAAGUUCGUGGCUAUGUGGAGAAAAACGCUGCAGACCUGUCACGAUGAUGCUUCUAAAUUUGUGCACCUCUUGGCCAAGCCUGGCUGUAAUUACCUCGAACAAGACGACUUUAUGCCAUUCCUGCAGGAUGUAGUGAACUCUCAUCCAGGCAUGGCCUUUCUAAAAGAAGCACCGGACUUCCACUCGCGGUAUAUCACCACGGUCAUUCAAAGGAUAUUUUAUAAUGUGAACCGGUCAUGGACUGGAAAAAUAAGCUGCUCUGAGCUCAGGAAAAGUAAUUUUCUUCAGAACGUGGCGUUGCUGGAGCAGGAGGAAGACGUGAACCAGCUGACCGAAUUCUUCUCCUACGAGCAUUUUUACGUCAUCUACUGCAAGUUCUGGGAGCUGGACGCUGAUCAUGACCUCUACAUCGACCAGAAAGACCUGCUGCGGCACAACGACCAAGCCAUUUCCCAGAAAAUGAUUGGAAGGAUAUUCUCAGGGACGGUUACAAGAGACAGACGGGUGUAUAAGGAGGGGAGGCUAAGUUACGCUGACUUUGUUUGGUUCCUCAUCUCUGAUGAAGACAAGAAGACCGACACCAGCAUAGAGUACUGGUUCCGCUGUAUGGACCUGGACGGGGACGGCGUGCUCAGCAUGUAUGAGAUGGAGUACUUCUACGAGGAGCAGUGUCAGAAACUGGAGGCCAUGUCCAUCGAGCCCCUUCCGUUCGAGGACUGCCUCUGCCAAAUGCUCGACCUCGUCAAACCCGAGGUGGAAGGUAAGAUCACUCUGCGGGAUCUCAAGAAGUGCAAGAUGGCCCACAUCUUCUUUGACACUUUCUUCAACAUUGAGAAGUACCUGGACCACGAGCAGCGGGACCCUUUCUCUAUUGAGGCUGAGACAAACGGCCAGGAGUUCUCCGACUGGGAGAAAUACGCGGCAGAUGAGUACGACAUCCUGGUGAAGGAAGAUGCCAACGAUCACUGCAAUGAUGUGUAUGAUAAUCCUUUGAGCCCUUUGGGCCAGCACAUCUCCAGUGAGCUGAGUCUGACAAAGAAACACUUCUUUGAGAUCCCCACGCCACACUGCGACCUGGACAUGGACGAUUACGAGUAUGAAGACGACUUCGAAUGAUGCUCGAAGCCACGGGGCUUUACCCAAAAGCCCUCUUACCGCUUUCCUCUUCCAUAUACCGUCAGCUCGCGGGGGUUUUCCUAAGCGCGACAUGCAAAGAUCAACAGAUGCCAGACUAAAGGAGGAAUUCAAAACCAGAAGACGCCUUAGAUUCCCCGUGACCGGCUGGAGACAUCACCACGUCCCACACGUUUAAGGAGACGUAAAGAACGUGUGGGGCACCGAGUUUUCAGCACUCAGAAGCAAAUUUGAUCUGUCACACUUACAAAAACAUCACCAGAGAUUACUUAAUAAUGGUGGAAGCUGUAACUCUUCUUCUCUUUCGAUUUUGUUCCCCUCGUCAUUUUCUGCAGGUGAUCUUUAGCAUCAGGGGUCAUUCAGGUCAAGUCCCAUUGCACCUCAACACCGGGGUUUCUAAUUAGGGCCACUGGUGUCAGCGGUGGUAGUUAUACGGCGGAGGUCCCUGAACUAUUGAAAUUAGGCCUUACUGAUUAAAUUCAGGGAUGCGAUUUAUUGGCUAAUGUUACAUUCCAGUAAUCAUAUCAAAGGGCUUUUCUGUGAGGCUGUAAAUGCUUUAAGGGUCUGUUGCUGUAAACUCCAAACAAGCCUUCUGCUCAAACACAAGCAAUACCGUUCACCCGACAACCCCCCCCCCCCCAUGUGUCUGCAUACAUUAGGUCUUUAAAGUGUGACAGAGUUGGAAAUAUAAAUUAUUUUUAGAUGAGUUUAUAGAGUACUGUACAUAUUUAUUAUGAUUUUGCUGUGUUGUAAAAGACGUGGAGUUUUAGGCAUUUUUCUAUGGUACAGAGUACUUUAUAUGAAUGGGCUUUGUCAGGAAAUAAACAGUUCUUUGGAGGGGGGGUUAAUAAUGAAUCUUUGGUUUCAACAACAAAAAAAAAGAGGAAUAGUGCUGGUUUUUAUAUGCAUUUAUUGUGCAACUAAUUUUAGCUGAAAAGAAUGUGGGACAUUCUCAGAAUCUAUAGAUGUUUUGUUUUGGUUUACUUUUUUUUCCCCAGUUACCCAUGUUGCUUUGUCCCGGUUUCAUUUCUGCUGUGCACUUACACCUGCAUAAAUGUUCAGAUGCCAAAAUAAUAAAAACUUUUUUGCAUUUUC